AUGAUUGGAACAUCUACUGCUGAGUACUUCUUCAUACGAAUUUGCAUCCUAUUUCUUCACAACAUUGCACCAAUUAGCACUUUAUAUUGUACUCAUUUACUCGUCGUUCAAUUCUUUCAUCUGCCUACUUAUCUUGAACGCAUACCCUACUCCAUCCAGAUCUGGCUGACAGCAGAAGCAAUAUUUUUCACCACCAUCUUCAUACCACUCAAAUACGCUCUCAGCCAUUCUACUAUUUGCCACACAUCAUUGUCUGCAGAGUGUAGAGAGAAAUUGUUUAAGAGUUGCAAUGAGAAUGUGCCAAAUCUAGAGAAAUAUCUCAGCCGGUGGCUUCUGGUCGCAGAAAGCCAAUACAUCAAGCGCGAUGAUGUAAAGGACUUCAUCAGAUGGUCAUGCUUUGGGCCUAUAUGCACGGGCGAGCAGUUCCAGCAGCAUGAGGAAGAAAUUGAGAUCUAUACAACAGAAAUUGAGAGGCGAAUUGGACGAAAUCUGCCACCAGGAAGGAUGGGUGUGAAAGGCCUAGGGCAGCUUCUAAAUGAAGCAGGCGGUUCACACCGUAGUUUGCUGUGGUACACCUGUGUCUUUGUGGUUGAUACAAUAACGUAUUGCAAGAAGUUGUGCCAUGGAUUUCACUUCCAUCGCAACAUGCUCCUGCGAUUCUUCACCGUCUUUCCUUGUCGACCUCUCACGAUAUUCACGGCCUACCAAUCGCCGGCACGGCAUCUCACAUACUGGCAUCGCCCGCAUACAUCCAAAAACCGGCUACCAGUACUAUUCAUACACGGCAUCGGAAUUGGCCUGUACCCUUACACGGGCUUCCUCAGAGAUCUUAACAGGGAGCUAGAGAUAGGAGCGACUGACGAUAGUAAGAUUGGCAUCAUUGCACUUGAGAUCAUGCCGGUAAGCUCUCGCAUAACUCAUCCGGCCCUGCAAAAGGAUGAUAUGAUACGUGAGAUUAUGGAGAUCAUGCGGUAUCAUGGGUGGAACAGAUUCAUGCUUGUGUCUCACUCUUAUGGUUCCAUAAUCGCUGCACACCUUCUCAAAUCCGAAUGCUUUGCUGCGCUCAUCGGACCUACGGUCUUCAUUGAUCCAGUAUCAUUCCUCCUCCACCUACCUGACCUAUGGUAUUUUGGAAGUCAAGACAUGGGAGUUGCUCAUACGUUGGCGAGGAGGUUUUUCUGGAUUGACAACAUCAUUUGGAAGGAGGAUCUCGGAAUCAAGGGCGAAAAGAAUCAGAAAGAGGGUAGAAAUGUUACUGUGGUUUUGAGUGGUAAAGAUUUGAUUGUGGACACCGAAACAGUGGGACAGUACUUGGUGGGUUCAUCAUCAGGCGAAAAGGCAGCCGAGGAGGAAGGAACACGAGCAUGGAAAAACAGACCUUGGAGAGGGUAUGGGCUUGAACUGCUGUGGUAUGAACAGCUGGAUCAUGCACAGGUGUUUGAGUUUGAGAAGACUAGGCGGCCAGUCAUUAGGGCGAUCUCCGUAUACUCAAACACAGGCUGA